GACGUCACGUCGCCUAUUAAAGAAAACCAACAGACAGCAGGCAGAAAAACAGACUGAAACGCACAUCAACGGAGUGGACUAGCGUCACAGACCGUCGCCAAGGGUUUUUCCUUUCUAUAGUCUCUUAAUUUUGGGAGCUUCUCUUUUUACUGGUAUAAGGAAUUGCCUACUUUCGGAGAGAUGGCCCAGGAGACCAAUCAGAGCCCCGUGCCCAUGCUCUGUGCAACUGGCUGUGGUUUCUAUGGCAACCCUAGGACCAACGGCAUGUGUUCGGUCUGCUACAAAGAGCACAUAACAAGACAAAACAACGGCGGUGUCAGUCCUAUUAGCACAAUGGGUUCCAGUAGUGUAACUAGCAGUCCCACGUCUGAAGCUUCAGCCAUUCAGAUCAUUGAAGCUACGCUAAACAAUUCCUCCACUGCUAGUGCUGAGUCACCCAACAGUUCCUCCAUGGCUGCCCUUCCAGUUACACAACAGAUGACCGAAAUGAGCAUUUCCUGUGAAGAGGAGGUGGUUUCUCCAAAAGUAGACCUUCCUGAACCAGUUGUAACUCAGCCGACAGCAUCCGCUUCAUCUCCAAGUACAGCUGACGGCGAUGAAGCCAAAACGCCCGAGUUUACCAAACCUAAGAAGAACAGAUGCUUUAUGUGUCGCAAGAAGGUUGGCCUGACAGGAUUUGACUGCCGCUGUGGGAAUCUCUUCUGUGGAAUUCAUCGUUACUCGGACAAGCACAACUGCCCCUACGACUACAAGGCGGAGGCUGCAGCCAAGAUCCGUAAAGAGAACCCCGUUGUCGUCGCCGAUAAGAUCCAGAGAAUAUAAAUCUUGCACCUUGAUUUUGCGAGAGAUCAGAUAAAGGACUCACACAUGACCUGUGAUUCUAAAGACUAGUUUUUUUAAAUUACAGUAUGGGGAAAAAAAAUCCUGUUUCUAAGCCAAUGCAUGAGCGAUCACUUUUGUUUCCGUCUUUCUGUUUUGAUUUCUGUUCUUGAGCUUCAAGUUUAAAAAAACAAAAAGGAAUGUCUAUAUAAGGUGUCAAUCCAGAGACGUUUGCCUAACAUGUCUGUUUCUGAGCGGGAAUGUUGCUGUAACUUGGAAUCUGAUUGUUGGAAUGUUGCUGUAACUUGGAAUCUGAUGAUUGUGAUGAAGGCUGACUGUCGUGUUGUCACCACAGUCAUUUGUGAUCGUGUCUCGUUAUAUGUGACUAUCUGAAGACUGUUUCCGCUCCGACCCGAGUGCCGUUGGAGCAACAGUGCAUGGCUGGCUCAUGUAGCAAAUGGACGCUCUUCUGUUUUCAUCUGGGUCGAAACGUUCACCGUAAUGUCAGCCUUUGACAUUUAUCAGCAACAUUUUCUGCUUGAGUAGUCUACAUGAAUUAUCAGGCUGUUUUUUUUCUUUUCUUUCUACUAUGUGAAAAAUACAAUUUUAAAACUGUCAACAGAUUAUGUGAAAAUAAAUCCAUUCAAAUGUUUAACGCAGCCAGACCAGGACGCUUAAUGAUCAGUUUUGCGCAACAACUACUACUACCAUGAUCCCACUGUCUGUUAAGAAUGGCUGAGGUAAACCUUUUGACAAAUGUGAAGCAAUGGUUUCAUUCUCCUAUCCUCCUUAGCAAAAUAAAACAUGAAUUUUAAGUUUUGUACUUGCGGAUUGAGUUGUAAGGGGCACCAUUUUUUAAAAAUGUGGUUCUGUUUAAAAUGUUGGAUUUAUAAAUGGGUGUUUUGCAUGGUUAGUGAAAUGAGUAUUUUAAAAUUGACUGCAUACUAGAAGUCACUUCUUUUUGCUCAGUAAUUCACUUAAUGUUUGGGUUUUGUGUGUGUGAACUUUCCAAUGGGUAUUGUAGAUUGACUGUCACAUGCUGGUAAGAAAAACUGUAUUGUUUUUGUCCCAUUUGUACGCUUGAGUACGUUUUGGUGUGAAGUAUGCAAGUAUGUAUCCAAGUAGACUACUCUGUGAACAGCAUCAUUUUAUGAGGCUCAGUCCGUUUUCUGUUUUGGGUCUGGCUGCACCGUGCUGUUUAUUUAGAGCUUAGCGAGUUUACACCGUAAAACUAACCGUCUGUUUUGAUUUUAGUUAUGCAAGUUUGUACAAACCAUCUUUAUUUAUUAUAUGUAUUGCACAUAUAAUCUUGUUACUCAACAUUACUGCGAAAUUGUAUCAUGUAAAUAAAAUUAUGUACAGAGAUAUUACAACCUUU